UCCCUUAAUUGCCACAAAAUUACCAUGGUUGAAAUCAUUAAAGAUAAGGUUAAUGUUUACUUUAUGGUAGUUGAAUUUAUUAUGGGUAUUUAUGAUAUCGAUGUUUUAUCUGAUUUAUUUCUUUGUACAUUCUACUUCCGCUUUAGGUCAAUAUUUUUCUCAUGUGUUUUCAGAGAUUUAUACCCACAUUGACCGCUUAAUGGCAAGUGGUUUUGUUAAAUUUUCAGUUUUCAUAGGUAUAAGGUUGUAAUAGUAUAUUAUAUUUGCUGUAUGAAUGCUCAAAAAGAUUAUUAAGAUACUUCAAAGUGGCAAUCAAACUUCCGCUUUGAGUUUGAAUCACUUUCCCCUCAAGUCCAAAGGUUCAAGCCUUACUUGGGUUGCGUGAGGAAGCCAUCUUGUGGCUUGUGGAAUGUUGUUGGUUCUACCAGUGCCAAACAUAUUGCCACGAGGGACAUCUGGUAUUGAUUCCUCCAUUAAAUCAUGAAAGUCAAAGAAUGAACUGAAUUGCACCUGUUUUACUUAAACCUUAACCUGCCGGCUUAGCUCAAUAGGGAGAGCGCUGAUCUACAGAUUGCGGGUUUCGUGAGUUUGAUUCUUGGGUGGGCCUUAUGUUCUCCGUGACAAUUUGAUAAAAGAAAUUAUAUCUGAAGUCAUUCGUCAACUACCUCUGUUUCAUGCUGGGAAGUUGGAAGUUACUUGCAGUGAACAGGUUUGUACUGGUACAGAAUCCAGGAACACUGGUUAGGUUAACUGCCUGCCGUUACAUAACUGAAAUACUGUGAAAAAUGGUGUUAAACUCAAAACAAACAAAAUUUACUUAAACCUUGAAACCUACCAUACAUUAAACUUUAAUUUUGAGUGCUGACUUUCAACUUGCAUUCACAAGUACACUUUAAUAGCUUUCUUGGAAACUGUUGUACGUUUCUUAAAAUGGUAUUUAAAAAAUCAGUUUUAAUUUCCAAAGUAAGCCUUUGUUUAAGCUGUUUGCCCCCAAACUGACAUUAAAUAAUGUUUUAUGUUUUCCAGAGUAGCAAAAAAGUUGAAGUCAAUGAGAAACUGAAUACUACCAAUGAACCUGUACUAAUAUGACUUCACAGCCUCCAGGAUAUCCAGAUCAUUUAUAUUGUAAAUGCUCAGUUGAGGAAGAUAAGCAUUGUGGUUUUGGAAAUGUCACCACAAUAAGAUCUACAGAUGGGCAAAGAUUUCCUAUUGUAGUAGAAGAUGAACACACACCACAUGAAAAAGGCAAACCUGAGGAUGAUGAUAAUUUUCUGCCACAAGGGCAACAAACUGAUGAUAGCAGUGUAUUAUCAGAACAAAAACAGUUGCAGCCAGUCACAGAGAAGACAGGAACUGUUUGUAAAGUUCUUCCAAGAGAUGAAAUGAAACCAGGAUCCAGUGUUCAAGCUGAUGAUGAUACCGUGACCCUAGCUCAACUAGGAGCAAGUGUUGAAGGUGAGGAUGGAAAAAAAUCAGAAUAUCAGACAGUAAAAAGAAGUAUUGUUGAUAUUAGCUACUGCCCUACCACUGUUAAUACCAGAAAUAUGGCAAUUGGACAGUCCUAUAACAAACUGAGUUACGGACAACAUGAAGCUAUUAGUGUUAGUUGUAGUUCAGGUUUUAACACAAACAGUAUAGCUAAACCAUCUUUGCUUUCAAGGUCUUACCCUAAACAAGACCAAUACUCAUACAGUCCAAAUACUGUUAGAAAUGACACAAAAGUUAACCUUAAGCAUAAAUUAAUGGCCAAAACUUGUAAUCUUACACUUCUAAAUUCUAGUCUAGAAGUUUGUCCCUCUAAGCAGGAACAAAAAUUUAUCCCGCAAGUUAGGGACAAUCUAGUGGAAAGCAGAAUUUUGCCUGGGACUUCGAAAACAUAUGAAGCUAAAAUGAUGAUUGAAAAAUGGACUGGCCAAAAUACUGUCCCAAUCCCUGCUCGUGAAUUAUUAAAUGGUGAAGAAGACACAAACACUAGCAGUACUUCUGGAGCAAGUGAUAAAGUGAAAGACUGUUUGAGAAACAAAAUUCAAUGUAAAGUGGUUAAAUCUGAUCAGUCCACAAAGUUAGAGAUCUCUCUUAAUAGAUACCUGAAAACUAAAAAAGGAAAAGGGUCAAGCAAAGUUAAAAAAACUAUGAAAAGCAAAGAAAUAGAAAAUGGUUUAGAAGAUAACGGGAAAGUCGAAGAAGUAUCCACUUCUGGACUCAGCAUUCCAUCUGUUGUCUCCACUCAUGGGUCCAACAUUCCAAUAGCCAUCUCUACAUCUGGACCCAAGAUUCCUACUAUUGUCUACACUCCUGGGCCCAACAUUCCAGCUACUGUCUCCAUGUCGGGGCCCAAUAUUCCCACUCUCACAACUCCACUACCCAACAUUCCAACAACUGUGAACUGUGAAAGUGUUUCAGAUGAAUGUCCCAGUCCUAGAAAAAAGCCCAAAGAAGAAAGCUCAAGAAAAACGUAGGUCCUGUGUUCUGUAUGAUGUAAACUUUAGAUGGAGAAGUAAAAGAAAACACCAAUAUGCCGUAAUGUGAGGAAAUUUUGGAAAGAAGUAAAAUUUUAGGAAAGUAACUUGAAAUAAUUAGAAUUCUGCCAAUUGAUUAAUAAGAUUAUGUUGAGUACUUUUAUGUAAAAUUUAAACUGGACAAAGUUAAAAGAUUCCAUAGAUAUCACGUUUUAGAAUAACAAGCAUAGAAAUGUAGGAAAAAGGUGUUUUUUUUCUCUUCAAGUUUGUUGAUUUUGUUCAUAUAGAAUACAGGACCUGGUGAUUUGUAUAGGGAGAAAGUGUAAAAGCAUCUUGUGCUUAUUGUAAUGCGGAGUGAAAAUAUCAAUUUAGCAAAUUUGAAAUAUUUAGUAAGAUUUUUUAAAAAUUCAACUGUACUGGUAUUUGAAAAUUUAUGUGCUGUUACACAGAUAUAUGGCAGUGUU